AUGCUGAAGAUAAUCGAAGUUCUGGGAAUGUUGCCCUCCUAUCUUAUUGAGAAGAGUCGGAGGUGGCCAAUGUUCUUUGAACGCGAGUCCAACGGCAACUUUGUGCCCAACUACCAGGCCUCAAUGAAAGACAACGUCAAAAUAAACUACAAACCGCCGGGCGCGCGAAAGCUGAGUGAUAUCUUGGGUGUCAACAGUGGAGGUCCCAUGGGUAGACGACUUCAGGAACCGGGCCACUCACCGCAGGACUAUGCUAUUUUCAUGGAUCUUGUACUACAAAUGCUCAUCUACGAUCCCGAUAAGCGAAUUCGUCCCACUGAGGCUCUGGCACACCGUUUUUUCUGUCGCACUGCACCCCAGCCCGCCACUCGGGCAAUGGCACUGAGUGUUCAUCAUGCUCGACAGCACUCCGGACAGCCGCAGACCAUUUUGGCCAAUCCAGAUGCACUCUUCUAUCAACGACAUAGCGGAACUGUCGGUGGCAAUUGGAUGAGUAAACAGACGUCGGGCCUUAUGACCGUCCCGCAGUCGGGGCAGCCGACAGGUGACUUCUUCAUCGACCUUCCACCCCAGACGCAACAACCACCACCAUCCUCAUCUAUUACUUUCCACCCGAGUACGGGAGCUCCUAUUUCUCCCUACGAUGCACCUGCGCCCUUGCUCCGACGCUACUCGGCACGCAACGCCGCCGCCACUGCUGCUGAGAUUGCGAUGGGACUCUCGCCCCAACCCCAACCUCCGCCUCCGCCGUCUUCCCUGUGGCGCUGA